AUGCACCCGACAUUGCCGGAUCUGCCGCCGGAAUUGGUCCGCGAGAUCUCCGGCCGCCUGCACGACGUCGCCGACUUCGUGCGCUUCCAUGCCGUGUGCAAGCCAUUGCGCGAUUCGCACCAUCCAACGACGGAUCAGUUCCUGCCCUGGCUCCUCGCGCCCAGCAACAAGGGCGACGACUUCCUCAAGUUCAGAUGCGUCUUCUCCAACAUGAGCUACCGUGCCCCGCCGCCGCCGCCACCAAUAUCCGGAACCGAUGGCCAGGUAAACUGGGUCGCCAGCGCCAACGGCACCGCCAUCGGCUACUUCACCGCUUCCCCCGAUCGCGACGGCCCGACCCUCCACAACGUUCUCACCGGAGAGCUCAUCACCGACCUGCCUCCGUUCCCAGACGAGGAUGUCGACGGACGGUUGGGGGAGAAUCCCAGUGGCAUCGUCUACAACGACGGCACCGUGCUUCUGUACAACAAGCAUGACAACAGGGUAGAAGACACCGCCGAGUUCAAGACGGCGCUCCUGUGUCCUGGAGACGAUGAGUGGACCUUCGUCAAAAGGACCCUUGAAUCCCCCAACUACGGCGAGUUCUGCAUCGCGUAUCAUGCCGGAAAAAUCCUUGUGACCGUGACCGAUGACCUCUGGCUCGUCGUCACAACACCAUCUAAUUCUGCAAGCAGCGACCAACUGCUGAUCCCCAAAUUGUCAUGGAUGCCGCGCGAGCACGAUGGUAACUACUAUGAGUACAGCUAUGUGCUCGAGUCCCGCGGCGAGCUUUUGUGGGUGUCGGUGCACAUCAAGAUUGAUUACUUGGAGAAGAGUAGCACGGGCGUCUGCGACCUGGUCCAGGCACUCUCGAUGUCGAUACACGCACUUGAGGAGGUCACAAAGGGACCGGAGAAGUUGCGGUGGGUGAGGAAGGUUGGCCGGAGCCUGGCUGACCGUGUCCUAUUUCUGGGGUGGCCCAAUAGUUUUGCUGUGGACGCCUCAAGGCUAGGUGUGAAGGGCGGAUUCACCUACUUCUUGUUCUAUGACAACCACCGGCUAAAUAAGAGACGUGGCGUGUUCAGGUACAACCUCAUCGACAACACGACCGAGCUCAUCGAAUGGCUGCCCCAAGGAUGGCACAACGAGAUGUGCGCAUGGCUCGUCCCCCAACCCACCAUUGCUCCAAUCGAUCGAGGUCCAGCUACCACUCCAAGGAUCAAUAACAUGAUUUUCAUCGAAAGAAGCUAUAGCCCACAAUUCCGGGUGUUUGUGCGUAACCUACCAUCUAACGCGAAUGACUCUCAGUUGCAACAGUUGUUCGGUAAGUACGGUAGGGUGUCCGACGCCAAGGUGAUCAAAUACAAGGACACCAAGGCCUCACGGGGCCUCGUCACAAUCGCAACAAUGCACAUUUGUCAGGAUGACACACUCGCCGCUCUGGAUGGGUUGAUUUUAGAUGGAUGCAGGCUCGAGGUUAUCUCGGUCAGAGGCACGCAACAACGAGAUGAUGACAACGACGACGUAUCGUCUUCUAUUGCAGCAGCGUAG